UGAUGCAUGAAACCGGAAACGCAUUAAGCUACACAUACAAAAAAAAAUCAUUAUAUCAGACGUAUUUCACAGUUUCGUUAAAAAAAAAAAAAAAAAAACCAGCAGUCGAAAUGAUCAAAGCCAUCUUGAUAUUUAACAACCACGGAAAACCGCGGCUGAUUCGGUUUUAUCAGUAUUUUGCAGAGGAUAUGCAGCAACAGAUCAUUCGUGAGACUUUCCAUUUGGUUUCUAAGAGGGAUGAUAAUGUUUGCAACUUCUUGGAGGGCGGAAGUCUCAUCGGUGGCUCUGAUUACAAGUUGAUUUACCGUCACUAUGCCACCCUCUACUUUGUCUUCUGUGUGGAUUCGUCUGAGAGCGAGCUGGGAAUUCUGGACCUGAUUCAGGUGUUUGUGGAAACUCUGGAUAAAUGCUUCGAGAACGUCUGUGAACUGGACCUGAUAUUUCACAUGGACAAGGUCCAUUAUAUCUUGCAGGAGGUGGUGAUGGGAGGCAUGGUGCUGGAGACCAACAUGAAUGAGAUUGUGGCUCAGGUUGAGGUGCAGAACCGCAUGGAGAAGUCAGAGGGAGGUUUGUCGGCAGCACCUGCUCGAGCUGUCUCUGCAGUCAAGAACAUCAACCUUCCUGAGAUUCCUCGCAACAUCAACAUCGGAGACAUUAAUAUCAAAGUGCCGAGCCUCUCCCCGUUCUGAGGCAGGCCUUG